AUGGAUCAACACAUAAAGGAAAAAUGCGCAUCUUUGGCAUCUUUGGAUGCCAAAAUCAAUUCGUUAACUUCUCUUCACACAGCUGAAUCUAUCCAACAUGUAAUUAAGGAUUUGGAUCUCAAAAAGAGUCUUCCCUUAGGUGGGAAGUUGAUUACUAUAAAAGAAAAUAUGUGCACGAAAUAUUGGACAACUUCAGCUAGUUCUGAAAUUUUGCAUGACUACGUAUCUCCUUUUGAAGCUACUUUAGUGGAAAGUCUCGAAAAGAAUGGUGGCGUUAUAAUUGGCAAGACAAAUAUGGAUGAAUUUGCAAUGGGAACGAGUACCCAUAAUAGUUUGCAUGGUCGAACAGCAUUCCCACAUACUGAUAAUGAAUUAUACCAGGUUGGCGGAAGCUCUGGUGGAUGUGCCGCAUCUGUUGCUGCUGAUUUAGCUUUUGCAUCCAUUGGUACGGACACAGGAGGUUCAAUACGCCUACCUGCUGCAUAUGUCGGAUGCGUCGGUUUCAAACCUUCUUUUGGAAGGAUCUCUCGCUAUGGCGUUAUUCCAUUUGCCCAUAGCUUGGAUACAGUGGGAAUUGUUGCCAAGGACGUUGAAGGAGUACAUACAGUGUUUGAUGUGCUGAAUCAGCCAGAUUCUAAGGAUGCUACUUGUUUGACGUUACAGUCACGUAAAACUAUUGAUGAUCACUGUAACAAGUAUAAAUCUACAGAAAAACCUGUGGUUGUCGGAGUACCGACGAACUGGAAUAUCGCCGAAACCCAUCCUGAGGUUUUGAGCAAAUGGAACGAAUUUCUUUCCGUGUUGAAAUCACAAGGCUGUGAAAUUCGUGAAAUUCAACUACCAAACUCCCUUUACGGUUUAAGCAUUUAUUCAGCACUGGCUUAUGCUGAAGGUGUUACUAAUUUGGCUCGGUUUAGCAACCCCAUUUUUGGAUCUAGAUUACAACAAGGUGAAUAUCCUGAUGAUGUGGAUCCCCGAACCCAUCUUAUGGGAGUGGAGGUCCAAAAGCGCUUACUAAUCGGCGCCUAUUCUUUAUCUUUUGGAAAGGAUAAUGGUAUAAACCAGAAAGCGCAGCUAAUGAGACGAGCUGUUCAAAUGGAGUUUAAUAGAUCUUUUAAAAUUCCAUCCUUACAGGAGUCAGAUCCUUCUGGGGAUGUCGACUUUAUCGUUACACCUUCCUUUCUAAAGCCAACUCAACCAAUUGGAGCAAGUGCUCCUACAGAUUUUUUGUCAGACAGCAUGUUAGUGCCUUCAAGUUUAGCGGGUUUACCGUCUAUUAGUAUCCCUUUUGGUAAAAUAUGCGGUGGACUACCAAUGGGAAUACAGUUAAUUGCUCAGUAUGGUGAUGAUAAAUCUCUGCUAUCUUUUUCCAGACGGUUUUCUUAA